UUUCAAAAUCAAAACCUUUAAUUCACCCCGUCAUCUCCCAUCUCCCCAUCUCAAUCGGCGGCUGCCGUCCCGAUUUUGGCUGCCGCUGCCAGGACCAGGCGACGGCUGCCGCACCAACCUCCACGCCCAAUAGAACCUCCGUUCGGUAUGAGGGCCAAAUUCAUUGACUAAUCUCUCAUCUUAUUGCUCCUAAUCUUCUUCUUUUUUUGUUGAACAACUUAUCCAGUCAUACUAAAUAGUUUUAUGCUUUUAAUUGAAUUGUUGUUGUUGCUGAUGGUGAUGGAUUGAUAGAAGUGGGUGGAUUGAGAGUUGUUUACAAAAUUUUCAGUUUUGUUGAGACAUUGGUUGAAGUUUGGUGGGUGGCAUAGGUUGAGAUAUGCAGAGAUGAUUUUAAUUUUAUUGUGUUUCAAUUGUGUGCGGUAGGAAGAAGAUGCUCUCAUGGUGGUGGACUGUGUUGGUCAUAGAAGAGAUGAAAUUUUGAUGUUGGUGACGAACUCUGGUGGCCUUUUUGGGAACUUUUUGAAUCUACUUAAUUUUUUUUUAAAAUUAUCUAUUUAUUUUAAUAUUCAAAAUAUGUUUAUAUUAAAGGUUGAAAGGCAUUAAAAAGGUGAGUUAGAAAUAGUAACGUCCGUCAUCCGACCGUUUACACUACAUCAGCAAUUAUAUCAAUCUCUCUAAUCCCUAACCCAAACCCAAGUCCCAAUUCACACUCCAAUGGCGAGCACAAGCGGGGAGAGCUCUUCGUCUCCGCCAAAACCCACAAGCGACAAGCCUGUCAUUGUUAGGGUUAAACGCAAAGCCACGCAAUCUCGGCUCGACGCUUUCUGGCUUGAAAUCAAUGAGCGACCAUUGAAGCGGCCAUUGUUGGACUUUGAGAAGUUAUCAAUCUCUCAAUCAUCUGGGAAAGAGGAGUUGAAGGCUAAGAAGGUUUUUGUACAGCAUGUGGAGACAGUUACCACUUCUGAGGCCACUGUUGAUAUUGUGCAAUCAUUUGUGCUGUCUAAUUCUGCUGAUGCACACCAUGGUGAAACAAAGAGUAAGGAACGUAGAUGUUCUUUAAAGAAAGAGAAUAGGCUGGAUCAGACCUUGUUUAAAGCCAGGCAACAGCAGGAGGCAUUGGCAAAAACUGCACGCUUUGAACAAAUAUGGAGGAGCAGAAAUAGAAACAAAGAGGAAAUGAGGGAUGAAGCACUACAUGAAAUGUGUCAGUUUUAUGAUGUUGUUCGUGUUGAUGUUGAACAAAAACCCAAUGAGGUGCAAAAGCAGAAAGAUACAUCAUUCGAGGAUAGCAGAUUGUUGUCUAGUUAUCUGCCCAUGCUGAGAGAAUUUAUACCGGGUGCUGCUGAAGAGAUUGAAGCUGAUGUGCGCUCUUAUAUGUCCACACUAGAUGAUUAUGUCUAUGAUUAUUAUGCUGUGAAUGAUGACAUGAAUGUUGACGAAGAAGUAGCUUCGCAUUCAUUUCCUCUGGUCCAAGUUGAUGAAGAGGAUUUCUACGAUGGACCUGAUGUAUCAGAAUACGAUAGUGAGGAUUCGAAUGCUGAAGAUAAUCCACGAAAUGAAUAUCCAGAUGAGAUUUUGGAAGAGGAAGAUGAAGAGGAAGAGGACGAGGAAGAAGAAUAUGAAUCAGAAGAUGAGAGUGAGAGAGAGAGUAGCAGCGCUCCAAGUGAUGUAGGCCGUUUCAGUGAACAUUUUGAUGAUCUUAGUGAUGAAGGUAUUCAUCGUGAUUAUUAUGGUAAUGAAGAGGAUGAUGAUGAUGAUGAUGACGAUGACUGGUUNAAAGGAACAAACUUUCUUUACCUCUAUACCAAUCUCGAGAAUUUUUUUAACAUAAUCUUGAAUGGUCCCAAUGCAAAUGGGAAUUUUGAAUUGUUCACCAAUUGCUUGAGUAAAAAUGCUUAG